AGUUACCCAGGGAGCUUGUGGAAUCUCUCUCGUUGGAGGUUUUGAAGAACAGGUUAGACAAACACCUGGCAGAGGUGAUCUACCUGAAUUUACUUCUGCCUCAGCACAGAGAGAUGGACUUCAUGACCUCUUCAGUGAGCUAACAUCUUAACGUGUUUAGGUGGUGUCUCGAGAAAGCUGACUAACACCCGUUGGGAUGUUUCUUCGGUUACUGUCAGAUGUCCGGUGGCGGACAGCCAGCCCAAGAUGGAGAAGCCCGUCCAGCUCCCAGCACAUGACCACAUCUGCGGCAGAGCCUCCCCCCAUUUCUCUGCCAGCUCAGGCACAGGUGGUAAUCUGUGGUGGUGGAAUUGUGGGCACAUCUGUUGCAUACCACCUCUCCAAGCUAGGAUGGAAGGAUAUAGUCUUACUGGAACAGGGCAGGCUGGCUGCUGGCUCCACUCGAUUCUGUGCUGGCAUCGUGAGCACAGUCAGGCACUUGUCCAUAGAGCUGAAGAUGGCUGACUAUUCAAACAAGCUGUAUCAGCAGUUAGAACAAGAGACAGGAAUCAAAACAGGUUACGUGAAGACAGGCUCUAUCUCACUGGCUCAGACGCAGGAUCGACUGAUCUCCCUGAAACGCAUUGCCUCAAGGCUCAGUGUAAUGGGGAUACCUUGUGAAAUCAUGGCUCCAAAACAAGUGGCACAACUACACCCACUAAUCAACAUUCAUGACCUGGUGGGUGCCAUGUAUGUGCCAGAGGACGCAGUCGUAUCAUCUGCCGAUGUGAGUCUUGCUCUGGCAAAUGCUGCCUCUCGAAAUGGUGUCCAGAUCCAUGAGCGGACAAGCAUCAGCCAUGUCAUGGUCCAAAAGGGUUGUGUGACUGGAGUGGAGACUGACAGAGGACAGAUUGAAUGCCAGUAUUUUGUCAACUGUGCUGGGCAGUGGGCCUACGAGCUGGGUCUCUCCAAUGAGGAACCUGUCAGUAUCCCACUGCAUGGCUGUGAGCACUUUUACCUCUUGACACGUCCCUUGAAGAAGCCACUAGAGAGCAACACACCAACUAUUGUGGACCCAGACGGCAGGAUCUAUAUCCGCAGUUGGCAAGGUGGCAUCCUCUCCGGGGGCUUUGAGAAGAACCCCAAGCCCAUUUUUACUGAGGGCCGGAACCAGCUGGAGAUUCAGAAUCUGCAUGAGGACUGGGAUCACUUUGAGCCACUGCUGAGUUCUCUUCUGCGGAGGAUGCCAGGGUUGGAGGCUCUGGAGAUCAUGCAGUUAGUGAACUGCCCAGAAUCCUUCACUCCAGAUAUGCGGUGCAUCAUGGGAGAGUCACCCACGGUACAGGGCUACUUCGUCCUGGCUGGAAUGAACUCCGCUGGCACCUCUUUUGGUGGAGGAGCAGGCAGGUACUUGGCUGAGUGGAUGGUAAAUGGUUGCCCAUCAGAAAAUGUUUGGCCACUGGACCUGAAGCGCUUUGGUGCCCUUCAGAGCAGUCGCACCUUCCUCCGUCACCGUGUCAUGGAAGUAAUGCCCCUGAUCUAUGAUCUGAAGGUUCCCCGUUGGGAUUUCCAGACUGGGAGGCAGUUGCGUACUUCCCCUCUCUAUGAUCGCCUGGAUGCCCAGGGAGCCAGAUGGAUGGAGAAGCAUGGAUUCGAGAGACCCAAGUACUUUGUCCCACCAGGGAAAGAUCUAUUGGCAUUGGAUCAGAGCAAGACCUUCUACAAACCAGAUUGGUUUGACAUUGUGGGGUCAGAGGUCAAGUGCUGUAAGGAGGCUGUGUGUGUAAUUGACAUGUCGUCUUUUACCAAGUUUGAAAUAAGUUCCACAGGGGAUCAGGCACUGGAGGUUCUGCAGUAUCUCUUCUCGAAUGACCUGGAUGUGCCAGUUGGGCACAUUGUGCACACAGGCAUGCUCAAUGAAGAAGGAGGGUAUGAGAAUGACUGCAGCAUUGCACGAUUAAACAAGCGCAGUUUCUUCAUGAUUUCUCCUACUGACCAGCAAGUCCACUGCUGGGCCUGGCUCAAAAAGCAUAUGCCUAAUGACAGUAAUUUGCUCUUGGAGGAUGUGACCUGGAAGUAUACCGCUCUCAAUCUGAUUGGCCCUCGUGCAGUGGACGUGCUGUCAGAAUUAUCCUAUGUCCCGAUGACUCCAGAACACUUCCCCUCUCUCUUUUGCAAGGAAAUGAGCGUGGGGUAUGCUAAUGGGAUCCGUGUGAUGAGCAUGACACACACAGGAGAACCUGGAUUCAUGCUAUACAUCCCUAUAGAGUAUGCUCUGCAUGUGUACAAUGAGUUGAUGAGCGUGGGACAGAAGUAUGGGAUCCGGAAUGCUGGCUAUUAUGCACUUCGCAGCUUACGCAUUGAAAAGUUCUUUGCGUUCUGGGGUCAGGAUCUGGACACUUUCACCACCCCUUUGGAAUGUGGACGUGAGUUCCGGGUGAAACUGGACAAGGGGACUGAUUUCAUUGGCCGGGAUGCACUGAUGCAGCAGAAGCAGGACGGUGUGUGCAAGCGCUUCACCAUGUUCAUCCUGGAGGAUCAUGACACAGACCUUCAUCUCUGGCCCUGGUGGGGGGAGCCCAUUUACCGCAACGGCCAUUACGUGGGCAAGACCACCAGCAGCGCUUACAGCUACACCCUGGAUCGCCAUGUCUGCUUGGGCUUUGUGCAGAACUUUGAUGAGGAAACCAGGGAGGCAUUGGUGGUGACACCCGACUUCAUUAACCGGGGCGAGUAUGAGAUUGACAUUGCUGGGCAGCGCUUCCAGGCUAAGGCCAAGCUCUACCCCUUCAGCUCCCUCUUCACACAGCGUCGCCGCAAGGAUGAGAUGGAAUUGAGUGGCUACCAUGGGAAGUAGAACCACCUGGCCCCACCCCUUCUCCAUAACUGGAGUUUGUGUCACCAUCCUCCUCUCCUUCCCCACAAUCUCCCUCAUUCUUCAACCCAUACGGUUCCACUUCCUCUUCCCCCUGCUCUUUCCAUUUUUAAACCUUUUGGGUGUGUGACAUUUUGUACAUUAUAGAACUAAUUUUUCAAACCCUUCCACCCCCUCCCUCAGUCUCUCUCUCUCGCCCUCUUACACCUUCCCAUGCCAUGUUCCCACACCUCACUCCUCCCAUGGCAGCAGCAUGGUGUUGAGUGUACAACCGACAGCCCAUAUGGGAGCAAGCACCUUCAGAAACCCUAGGCUGUACCCCAAUGGCUGUUGAGAGGGUGCAAGUGAAGUCUUGAGGACUGUACCCCUCCCAUCCCCCUGCUGCUUACGGCCUAGAAUAGUAGGUGUUUGCUGGCCUGUAGCUCUGUUUUCCUGUCCCCUGGCUAAACCCUUUGGUGUAA